AUGGCGCCCUGGUCUUCGAAGAUCACAAAGCGAUUCAGCACUGUCCCUCCCAAUGCUCGUGAAAAUGACUACUAUGCACCAUACAACAAACUGCUCUAUACCCUCUUCCCUGCCGACUCCGACUACACGGUUGCUCCUCAAUCCUACUCCGUCAUGAACUCUCGCGACUCCGUGGAUUUCAUCAUCGAGUUUGAAGUGCGUUUGGAGGACAAACCAGUCUUUUUCGUGGAGAUAAAGGAGCCAAGCAAGAUAGCUCUUAAGUCUGCUCGUGAGGAAGCCGAUAAUCAGAUGAGGAAACGGAUGGGGGAUUUAGCCCCUGUCUGCCCUCUGGAUACCCUCAACGGAGUGAGCGCCUUCGGCACGCGGCUUUCCUUCUACUCCUACGACAAACGAACUCGUAUCCUUCCUGGCCGCAUAUCUCCUGACCCUCACAUGGAGACCGAUACAGCUCCGUUGGACCGCUGGGAUUGCGACAUUUUGGAAGACGAGGGAGCCCAACGGUUCCAAGAUCUUGUUGCAGAGAUCAAGAGGAAAUGUGACCGGCUUUAG